GUGGAAGAGGUGGAAGAGGAGAACCGGAGAGCCUGCGUCCCCCGGGUUUUUGGCGAGGCGAGAGAGGAGCUCCAAAAGUCGGCAGGAAUCAGACAGAAGCGUCGGUGUAGCUAACUACCUCUUUUUGGUUACUCAACAAGAUCACAAAGUCUUCACUACGCUCCUCUCAUGCUUACUGAAAAUGGAUGAUACACAGGACGGGGUUCAGAUUGGAGAAAACAAGUUCAUCAGCAAGGCAACAAUCCUCUCCCAUCUGAAGACAUACAACCUCUACUAUGAAGGACAAAAUCUACAGCUCAGACACAGAGAAGAAGAGGGGGAGCUGAUCAUCGAGGGCUUACUGAAUAUCUUCUGGGGCCUGCGGCGACCAAUCAGGCUUCAAAUGCAGGAUGACCACGAGCGCAUCCGACCGCCCCCUUCCUCUACGUCCUGGCACUCAGGUUGUAAUCUGGACAGUCAAAGUUCCCCAAACAGCACAGAUGGUCAACAGAUGACACAGCAGAGCCCGCCCACAGUGGAAGUGACGCCACCUGACAGCAAACCAGAGAACAACGGUGUGACGGAAGAACAGACGGAAGAGGACAGUGAGAGCUCUACUCAGCUCCUCAGGACGAAGAGUGAUGCCGGAGUCUUAAGACGGGGCCAGAGACGGUCACCGAGCGACCAGAGGAGAAUCCGACGCCAUCGCUUCUCCAUCAACGGACACUUCUACAACCAUAAGACGGCAGUGUUUACUCCUGCUUAUGGCUCGGUGACUAAUGUUCGGAUCAACAGCUGCAUGAGAACACCUCAGGUGCUACGAGUCCUCCUCAACAAGUUUAAAAUUGAAAACAGCCCAGAUGAUUUUGCGCUCUACCUUGUCCAUGCAAGUGGAGAGCGUGUGAAACUGAAGCGGAGUGACUAUCCUCUGGUGCUGAGAGUAAUGCAGGGUCCAUGUGAGCAGGUCUGCAAAGUUUUCCUCAUGGAAGAAGAUCUGGGGGAAGAAGUCACAUAUGAUGUGGCGCAGUAUAUCAAGUUUGAGAUGCCUGUCCUGCAGAGUUUCAUCACCAAGCUGAAGGAGGAGGAGGACAGAGAAGUGCAGAAACUCAGGAGAAGGUAUAAUUACCUGCGGUGUAUAAUUGAGAAGCAGCUCCGUUGUCUUCCAGCGGGGGCGACGUGUAUGUGAUCUGCUCAUGGUGAGGACUCCCUCCAGCACAUCAAACUGUCGCAACCUUUCCCAGAGUACAAUAUCCUCGACCCAGCUGUGACCAAGAGUUAGCUGACAAGAACCCAGAGUGUGUCCCUCAGUGAUUAUCCUGAUUCUCUGAAUUCCUGCCUCUGCAUGGAGUCUUUUUCAAUUCAUUCAAUCAUUCAACUUACAGAAAAAACUCUUACAUGCCAUCUUGUGUGCAUGUUAAGUGUGACCGUCUCAGAAAUAGUCUAGAGAGUCAUGAUGACUCGCAGAGCCUUGUAAAGUGUCUUGAUUCAGACCCAAUCACUUCAUCUCUCUCUGCUUUCCCUUCUCAAUGUCUUUUUCUUUACAUACAGUGCACACAGAAAGACAUUCCUCUACACCUGAGUAAUUUUAGUGUCUUUGCAGCGAAGUACUUUGCAGAAUGAGCCUAAAAUGUGACGUCCUGUCUUCUGUUUACCCCCCCAGACUGCAAGCUGAUAUCCAAAAUCAAUUUAAAGCACAAACAUCAUAUAAUAUGAUUUAGUAAAGUGCCUGUUCAACGGUUUCUCAAAGCACAAAGACACAAACUUACUGUUAUGUGGAAAAUUUUAGAAAAAUACUAGUGGUUUUACCGGGAAAAUACCUAGCUAUGGUAAUAACCACAUCAGACCACACAGUUUGGGUCGAUGUAAACCAACCAGACCACGUCAUGGCCUCAAAACACCAUCCAGUCCUAUAUUGCACUGGCUGUUUGUGUGUUCCUCGCUGUUUGGGAAUUUGUUAAAUAUUGUAAUUGAAGGAAUAUAAUUGACCCUCUCCAUUUUAUUGCAGCUGAGAACUUCACUGCAGGGAUUAUUAAAGGCCAUGUGAACAGAUAAUGUGUUUGUGUUGUUACCAUCAGUCUGAUGGUGACAACAGUGGCCCCUUUUCUGCAGGCAUACAAAAUGAAUGUUUAAGACAUUUUAUGAUUGAAGUUAAAGGAAUAGUUUGGCAUUUUGGCAAAUACAGUCAUUCAUUCUCUUGCUUUCACUUAGCUGAGAAGAUUGAUACCGCUCUCAUGUCUGUACAGUAUAUAUGAGGCUGCCACCAGCCACAUAGCUUAGUUUAGCAUAAAGAUUGGAAACAGGGGGG